AGCGGAGCCGCGCGGGGAAGGCCCGGGCGCAGCUGAGCUGGGGGGCCGCGGCUGCCGGCGGACGGACUCGGCCGGGCCAGGCGCCGAGUGGGACGUGCUCUGUGGAGUCGCGGAGGAGCGAGUCACCGCGGCCUGAGGAGGCUCUUUAGUUCCUCUUCGCUUUCUGCCAUUGAAGUGGUAUCUUCUGAGGUAUAUCCAGAAUUUAUACCUAGACAUCCUGACUUCAGAAUCUGAACUCCUAAAGCUAAAUAUCUAUGCAAGAUGUUCACAUUGCAAACUUGGAUAGUGCAAGCCUUGUUUAUUUUCCUCAUCACUGAAUCUAUAGGUGAACUUAUAGUUCCAUGUGCUCAUAUCCACCCUGAAUCUUCAGUUGUACAAAUUGGUUCGAAUUUCACGGCAGUUUGUGUGCUAAAGGAAAAAUGUAUGGAUGAUUAUCAUGUGAAUGCUGAUGACAUUUUCUGGAAAAUAAACCGUGCUACUGUUUCUCGUGAUCAAUAUACUGUCAUAAACAGAACAUCAUCUAGUGUCACAUUUUUAAAUAUACCUUUAAUAAAUGUUCUGCUCACUUGCAAUAUUCGUAUGUUUGGACAGAUUAAUCGGAGUGUUUAUGGAAUCAGAAUCAUUUCAGGCUUGCCUCCUGAAAAACCUGAAAAUUUGAGUUGCAUUGUGAAUGAAGGAAAGAGAAUGAUGUGUCAGUGGGAUCUUGGAAGGGAAACACACCUGGAAACAAACUACACUUUAAAAUCUGAAUGGGCAACAGAGAAGUUUGAGGAUUGUAAAGCAAAACGUGACACCCCCACCUCAUGCACUGUUGCUUAUCCUUCUGUGUAUUUUGUCAACAUUGAAGUCUGGGUAGAAGCAGAGAAUGCCCUUGGGAAGGUUGCCUCAGAUCAUAUCAAUUUUGAUCCUAUAGAUAAAGUGAAGCUCAAUCCACCACAUAUUUUAUCAGUCAACAACUCAAAGGAACUGUCUAGUAUUUUAAAAUUGACAUGGACUGACUCACCUUUUAAGAGUUUUAUAACUCUGAAAUAUGACAUUCAAUAUAGGACCAAAGAUGCCUCAACUUGGAACCAGGUUCCUCCUGAAGAUACAUCAUCUACCCGAUCUUCAUUCACUGUUCAGGACCUUAAACCUUUUACAGAAUAUGUGUUUAGGAUUCGUUGUAUGAAGGAAGAUGGUAAAGGAUUUUGGAGUGACUGGAGUGAAGAAGCAAGUGGUAUCACAUAUGAAGAUAGACCAUCCAGGGCACCAAGUUUCUGGUAUAAGAUAGAGCCAUCUCAUGCUCAUGGCACUAGAUCUGUACAACUCAAAUGGAAGACAUUGCCUCCUUUUGAAGCUAAUGGGAAAAUUUUGGAUUAUGAAGUGACUCUCACAAGAUGGAAAUCACGUUUACAAAAUUACACAGUUCAGGACACAAAACUGAUGGUGAACCUCACAAAUGAUCGCUAUGUAGCAACUCUGACAGCGAGAAAUACUGUUGGCAAAUCAGAUGCGUCUGUGUUAACUAUCCCUGCCUGGGAUUUUCAAGCUACUCACCCCGUAACCGAUCUUAAAGCAUUUCCCAAAGAUAACGUGCUUUGGGUAGAAUGGACUGCUCCAAAUGAACCUGUAAACAGAUACAUACUUGAGUGGUGUGUGUUAUCUGAUAAAUCGCCCUGUAUCCCAGACUGGCAACAAGAAGAUGGUACUGUACAUCGCACCUAUUUAAGAGGAAACCUAGUAGAGAGCAAAUGUUACUUGAUAACAGUUACUCCAGUAUAUGCUGAUGGACCAGGAAGCCCUGAGCAUAUAAAGGCAUACCUUAAACAAGCUGCACCUUCCAAAGGACCUACUGUUCGGACAAAAAAAGUGGGGAAAAAUGAAGCUGUCUUAGAGUGGGACCAACUUCCUGUUGAUGUUCAGAAUGGAUUUAUCAGAAAUUAUACUAUAUUUUAUAGAACCGUCAUUGGAAAUGAAACAGCUGUGAAUGUGGAUUCUUCCCACACAGAAUAUACACUGUCCUCUUUGACUAGUGACACUUUGUAUAUGGUGCGAAUGGCAGCAUACACAGACGAAGGUGGGAAGGAUGGUCCAGAAUUCACCUUUACUACACCAAAGUUUGCUCAAGGAGAAAUCGAAGCUAUUGUUGUACCUGUUUGCUUAGCAUUCCUAUUGACAACCCUUUUGGGAGUUUUAUUCUGCUUUAAUAAGCGAGACCUAAUUAAAAAACACAUCUGGCCUAAUGUUCCAGAUCCUUCAAAGAGUCAUAUUGCCCAGUGGUCACCUCACACACCUCCAAGGCAUUUUAAUUCAAAAGAUCAAAUGUAUCCAGAUGGCAAUUUCACUGAUGUAAGUGUUGUGGAAAUAGAAGCAAAUGACAAAAAGCCUUUCCCAGAGGAUCUAAAAUCUUUGGACCUAUUCAAGAAAGAAAAAGUUAAUACUGAAGGACACAGUAGUGGUAUUGGAGGGUCUUCGUGCAUGUCAUCUUCGAGGCCAAGCAUUUCUAGCAGUGAUGAAAAUGAAUCUGCACAGAACACUUCAAGCACUGUCCAGUAUUCCACAGUGGUACACAGUGGCUACAGACACCAGGUACCGUCAGUCCAAGUCUUCUCAAGAUCUGAGUCCACCCAGCCGUUGCUCGACUCCGAGGAGCGGCCAGAAGAUUUACAGCUGGCAGAUAAUGUGGAUGGCAGCGAUGGCAUUCUGCCCAGGCAGCGGUAUUUCAAGCAAAACUGCAGUCAGCAUGAAACCAGUCCAGAUAUUUCACAUUUUGAAAGGUCACAGCAAGUUUCCUCAGUCAGUGAAGAAGAUUUUGUUAGACUUAAACAGCAGCAGAUUUCAGAUCAUAUUUCACAGCCCUAUGGAUCUGGGAAAAUGAAAAUGUUUCAGGAAGUUCCUGCAGUGGAUGCUUUUGGUCCAGGCAUUGAGGGACAAGUAGAGAGAUUUGAAACAGUUGGGAUGGAGGCUGUGGUUGAUGAAGGAAUGCCUAAAAGCUACUUACCACAGACUGUAAGACGAGGCGGCUACAUGCCUCAGUGAAAGACCAGCCCCGGUUACAGCUUCAGAAGUACCUGUAAAGUAAAGCUAAAAGUACUUUAUCUGUGAUUUCAGAUCUUCACUUGCUGAAGAUGAUCAUUUGCCCUUAAGGACAAGAAUGUACUGUCCUGCCACGUGGGCUUUUUCCAUCCCAGUAUAUCUGGGAUUCAACUUUAAGCACUACAUAAACUGACUUCAUCCUCUGAAUAGCUGAAUGACUUUGUGCUGUUUCAGGAUGUUUGCACUGAAGAAAAAAACAAAGUUUGUCUAAAAUUUAUAAAGUGAAACUUUUUGUGUUGCUGUCUAGAAAACAGAGGGUAUUUAAAUUAAAGCUAGUCAUAAACAGCUAUACUGAUUUUAAUGAGAAUAGUCAUUGAAUAUCAAAUCUUAGGGAGAGAAUUAACAAAAAUUAGAGGAACAAGGUCUUAGACCCUCUACUUUAGCUGACAACAUAAUUUAAGAAGAAUCCAGAUGAUACAGCUAAUAUGAGCCCAGCUUUUGUUGUCUGCCAGAAAAAAUUGGGGUCAUUUAUAAUCAUACCAACAUGUAAGAUAUUAGUCCUCUUCCAUUGGUAGUGACACUGCCAGUUACUGGAGAAAAGGAAUUCUGUUUUAACACAGCAAACUAAAAAUAUUAAUUUUUGAAUAUUAGACAAUCAAUAAUUAAGUAAAUUUUCAAAAAUUUGCUUUCUAUUGUUAUUGACAACCUUUGAAGAUACACUUCACACACUCAGCAGAGUGUCUGGAUAAGAGCUAGGAAUGAAUAUGACAAACUAUCUCAAACAUUUAAUACAUUCUUUGCCAUUAAUAAAGGCUUAGAUUAUUAACACUUUUCUAUACCUAUAUAUAAACUUCAUUGACCCUUCUUUUUAAGACGUCAGAGAAUUUGGUUGAUUAAGCACUUUAUACAAUAUAUCUUCACCUUAAAAUGUGUUUUGACUUAAUACGCUUUGUUUUUCAGUAGGCCAAGAUUGAGUUUGUUUGUUUUUCCUAGUAGGUAUCUGAAGCAGACUAAUAAGUUAUAGGACUUGGGCGAUAAUCACCAAAACAAAAUACCACCCCUAAAAUGUACAUAUUGACCUUAGUAAGGAUCACAGUUAGCAAAUAUCCUUAUUGUAGAGGCACUUAAUGAAGAGAUAGUAUUUAAUGUCUGCCAGUUCUGAGGUAGGUGGAAUUUAACUCUACAUGAUGAUUUAGGAAUAUUUUAAACCUCAUCCCACAUGUUCUCUUCUUCAGGGGAAAAGUGAGUUGAGCCUCCAGAGUUUAGUUCUAUACUCACUUUCACAUUCAUGUUAUCCUCUACCCACCACCUUUGACAAGGAGGCAGGGCGAAAGCCAGGGGCUGAGUAAGUAAGAAGAAAUAGAUCAUGUAUUGACUACUGCUCUCAAGUAAGUUUGUUUUUCUGUCAUAUUUAAGAUACAGAAACCAGGCCCACUUAAAAUAUUUGCAGAGGUUAUUGAAGAAUAAAAGGUUGAGAAAAUUUAGUGCACAUUUACAGUUGAGAUGUAAGUCGACUCAUUACUCUCUCAUCAGUAUUGUUCACAGUAGACUUCGUGUUAUGCUUUAUCCUUUGUAUUCUUGCCUAACACUUCACAGAGUUCUUUCACAUAAAUGGUCUUUGUGAGACAGAGCAGAUGCUUUAUUCUGAUAUAUCCAGUUAUUUAGGCAAAACCAACAUGAGAUUGGUAGACUGUCAGAAUUAGAAGGAAAUGAGGAAAAGUAGGGACAGACCCCAAACUCACACUCGACAAGGUAAUAGCAUCACCACCAUUUAAGUUGACCAUCAAAGGCUGGUCCAUAUCAGGAAAGGAUUGGUCUUGCUAAAUGUCAACAAAUUUAUAUCUACUACAUUUUUUUCGUUUCCUCAAAAUAAGUAGUCAUGUUGUUUUAACCAUGUUUAGCUCUGACCUUCCUCCUGACACAUAGCAGUGUUGUGAAGAACAUUUUAAUGUAAUGAUUGUACAUGGGGGGAGGGCAGUUAUAAAAUGUGAACUCAUGAUCUAAAGGAAUGAGAACAAAUAGUUAUUUAAGAAAGGACAUCAUUAUAAGUAAAUUUAUAUGUUGAAACUUUACAUACAACAUGGUGCAGUGAGCGAAUGCCCUCUAACCACAAAAGCACUUUAGGUAUAUUAAAUGGAUGUUUGGAUACUGUGCAAAAAUUCAUUCAGGAAAUAUUUAUAUAAUAUACGUCUUUGCCCCAAAAGAGAAAAGCAGUUAUAAAACUUAAGUACAAGAUUACUUUCAUAGGGCAUGUCAUAGAAUAAUCAGUUUUGAUACAUGUGAAUUAUACUUUAGGUCGGCAGAGAAAUUAGGUUAAUUUAUGUGAAAGUUAGACUAUAUUUAAGAUAGUGGGUUUAGUACUCAUUAAAUAUCUAGUAUCCAAAAAUUUGAUGCAGUUACCCUCUUGUAAGAUUGAAAAUAAUAAGCAUAUGUUACCUUUGUUAUUACUGUAAUUUGAUUAUUCAUUACUGGUGUCUUUGAUAUCUUACCCUCAUCCUUCAUAAAGGCGCGAUGCUAAAUAAUUCUUGGAAAACUAUCAGACUUCAAACCUACUAAAACCUUACAGUUUAAUUCUUUUUUUAACAUGGAUCAUUCAUCACUGGGAAGUAUACCCAACACGUGAGUAGAAACAAGGGAAAAAGCAGUCAUUCCCAUGUUUUGUGUUCACGUGUGUUCUUCAUCUAGUUGUUUAACUUCAGCCUUUUUCUUUGAUGAGAGAUUUUUUUUUUUAACAUGUGAAGUCAUCUAGUGACCCUAGUUUAUUAUGAAAACAUUUAUUUAUGAAAAUUCACAUUUAAAGUGAAACAUCUAAAAUAGCUCUAUAAAUAGCAAUCAAACAAGUUUUAAAAAGAUGUCUUUUUUCUGCUCACAUAGUUAAAUAGUUAAAUAAUCAUGACAUAAAUUUAGAAGUAGAAUAAUUGUAUAGUAGCAUUCCCUAAAAUAUUUCUGUUAACUGGCAUGUAUUGACUAACUGUAAAUCAAGUAGGAAAGCUCUUCCUCUAUUCCAUUAUAUUCCACACCAAUCUCCUCCUCUGGUGUCAAGAACAAAUUUCUAUACCUUACACUUCUGUUUGUUGAAAUGGGUAAAAUGUCAACAUAAUAAGCUACAUAAAACUUAAAAGUUCAAUUAAUUAAAAAUAUUGGGAUAACUUUGUUGUAGGUUGUGUUAGAUUCUAUUGCCCUCUAAGAUUACUUUAAAAAAAUUUUUGCACUUUUUUUUUGUAAACGAAAAGAAUAUGAAGCCAUACAAUGGCAAGAUAUUUAGGUUUAAGAAAUUUUAAACUAACAAACUUAACAGCCUAGUUCUUUAGACUAGUCCCUGAUAGCAGUUCCUUUCAGGCUAUUUAUAAGCAGAAUUUAGAUGCAAGUCAAAACUUUCCAAAUCCAAAUACUGAUCUUUGGAGUUAAAUCUAUUUUUUUUUCAUUGUAUAUUCUACUUGUAUGUGUACUCACAUGAUAUUCUAAUAUACAUUGCAUUAAAAAUGAAAAGGUGGCUCUGGAUGAGCUCUUUUGUUACAUAUUUGUUCCUAAAUUUUUAAAGGCUUUUUGUAGUUAAAGCAGGUUAGUUUAACUUCAUUACCCAGUUCUUCUUUAUACUUGAUAGACCAUGAUGAAAGUGCAUUUGAGGCCAAUGGUGGUAGAUGUUACAGACCUUUUAUCCCUUAAACAUAAGCUUUGACAAUGAUAACUACAUAUUUCAAAUGCUAUUACAUGAAUAUAAAAAUGUGAUAUGUCAGAAAUAAAGGGAUAAUUUAAAGGUGGAUAUUUGAAAUUUCUUUAGUCUUAGUGUAUAUGUGUGUUGAAUAGUAUACUCUAAAAAUAAGUGUGCAAUUUGCUAGUACUGCAAUUCAGUGGUUAGCAUUAGGUAUGUCUCCUCUUUAUACCCUGGCUAUGUCCCAUUUAAUUAUAAGUGCAAUCCUUUCAAGUUCACUUGCUCUUUUACCCUGACCUAAUCUAACUUCAUAUAGAAGGCUUGUCUAGAAAGAGUAGUGUGUGUAUUUUUACUUUUGCAGAAUGAAUUGCAUGUGCAAAUCGUAACCACAGCUACUGUUUUUAUGUUGAAAUAACUAAAUGUUCUGUUAUAUAUCAGCUCUAAUCCUUUAAGUAAAUGUAAUAAAUUCUUACUCAAAUUUU